CAAAACAUAUAAAUAGUCUCCAUUGUAGUACAAAUUAAAAAAAAAAAACAAUGGGAAAGCAUUUGCAACGCAAUGACUCGGUUAAUGUUGGGGGCAACUUUCAUGGGUGUAUGUGUGGCAUACUUCAUAUUCUUGAUUACCAUCAUUGGCAAAGCGCCAAAAAGGUACUUCCACAUAAAAAGCAAGGUGCAAAACGACGACGUGUCAGAUGGAAUGAAAGUCCAAAACCAAAAUUGAACAACUGUGAUUCAGGCGAAGUGUUUAUGGACGAUGGUGCGGAACAAUUGAUGGUCGAUCGACAUAACACAGAUUCAGUUCCUGCAAGCAAAAGAUAUGGAAAAGCUCGCAUAAAAUCGCCAUUGCCAAGAGCAAAAGAGGGGGAAGGUCACCACAGAAGGUGGAUUCUGAGCUUCCCUCCGCAGUCAUGGUUUCAUAGAACUAAUCCAGUCAAUAAUCUAGAGCCUUCGGAGAAUUAUUUGGGUCAAAUAGGCAUUGAUGAGACUAGUCCAGUUACUGUCCCUCGGCCUAAUAGAGAUGUUUCCGAUCAACAACUCGACAAAUGCGUUGACAUUCUCGAGAUAUUUAAGGCCAACAAGGAGUUUUUCUUGAAGAUCCUACAAGAUCCGGAUGCUUGUAAGAACCACUUUCGUGGUCUGAGGAAUUCCAAUAUCUCGGUUAGAUUAACUAAGUCAAGGUCAUUCCCUUUAGCCAAUUCAUCACAAGCUAGAAAUAUCAGGCCUAGUACACUCAAACACAAGCAGAAUGAAGUAUGGCUCUUCCUGAAUAGAGAACAAUCCAAAUUUCAAAAGGAUCAUCAUGUGAAUUCUCUAACAGCUGAUCCUGGCGAUACAUCAGGCAGUGUCAAUAACCAUGGAUGGAAUCAAUUGGUCAUAAACCGGUUAAGUGAUAUCAAGCAGAAAAUAAAGCAUGCACUAAAGGAGAGCAAAAGGGAAAGGGGCCAAACACCUGUUGAGGAAGAAUACCAGAAAACCCCAUUUGGAGACAGGACUUCCAUUGAUAGGCUGGAGAUUACUAUUGACCAAGAUAGUAAAAAGAACGACAGUUCAGACGAUGAUUUAAGAAGGCGAAGACUCCAACGUGUGGGAAGAACAGUUUCUCUAAAUGAGUCACUAGAAAGAUAUGCCAAGUUGUUUGAGAAUACUUCUGGUAAGGAGACCAAGUACAGUCACUCUAGGAGCUUAAGAGUGACAAGUGAAGAAAAAGUUGCUCCUCAUGCUCGAAAAUCCUGCAGGAGAAACUUGUCUCUUCCUGAUAUUGACUUUCUCGCAUCCCUUUUGAAUGGCACAUCCCGUGGUUCUUUUCGCUUAGAGAUGCCAAUCAAGACUCUAGUGGAUCGUAGUACAAAUGAAAAUGGAGAAAAUCAGAAUACUCAACCGGAGUCAUCAAGCAUUGCUUUAGUAGAUGUAGAAAAGUCGGAGCUGUUAGAUGCUGUUGUGGAGACGAGAUUGCAGAAUAGCAUUGUUGAAAGAAGUGAGACCAUUGCAAAUAUUUACUCAGAUGAUUUAAUAGUGGAUGAAAAUGAAAAGGGUAUUCCUGGGACUGAUAACACCCUUGAGGACGCAAACGAGCCCCUGAAGAGAGAAAACAGUUCUUGCCAAGAAGAGAUUUAUGUCACAGAGGAUUCAGGACUAGAGCUUUCACAGCCAAAUCAAGGAUCAGUUAUAGAAACUUGUUUUUCGGACCAUGUGUCAGAAGGUUUGGAUGAGACAGAAUCUUCUAUGCUCCAACAAAACAGGAACACCAAAGCUCUAAAGCAUGACAGAACUGAAGAUAGAAACCGAAGCUUAGACAACCGCUCGGGGCACUACUUCCAACCCGACAUAACAGGAAACACAGACUUCAACUACGUCAGAGACGUACUAGAACUCUCAGGCUUCAUUGACAACGAGGAAACUUCAACAUGGCACUCACUUGACCAACCUCUGAGCCCUUCAAUGUUCAAAGAACUAGAGGACAUGCUUCACCAUGAAAACGAGAUUUCGGAAAAUAUCUGCAAUCACCAGCUUCUUUUUGACUUGGUUAACGAGACACUAGUGGAGAUGAAUGAGAAAUCGUACACAUACUUUCCAAAGGCGUUUUCCUUGGGUCGCCUUGUCCGUCCAAUGCCAAAAGGAGACCAUCUUCUGAAGGAGAUUUGGACAAGGAUAAGCUCGUACUUGCGCUUGAGGCCAGAGCUUGACCAGUCGCUUGAUGAUGUUGUAGCUAGAGACUUGGCCAAAAAUGAUGGUUGGAUGGAUUUGGAAUGGGAGAUGGAAAUGGUGGCUCUUGAGCUUGAGGAUGACAUCUUUGAUCAGUUGUUGGAUGAAGUUCUAUGCUCUUGAGAAAAACAAAAUUUUGUUUUUGUUUUUUUAUAG